ACUCCGGUGAUGCUUCUAAGAUUACCUCAUCGAAUCCAUCCGUGUUAUGCAAAGGACGCAAUUAAAAUGAAUGUUCUAAAUACUAUAGUAGUGCUGAAUAUUUGGAUUUCCUUUUUAUAGUUUCUUGAGCAACUGUUUAAAGACAAAUGCACGAAUUGAUGAAAAAGUAUGUGCCAAAAUUCAAGAUCUACACAAUUUAGCUACAGAAUUUUAAUGAAUCAUUGGCACAGGUGGAGGUGAUCCACUCUCAUAUAGGAACUAAUUCGUUGAUUUUAACAGGACAUAAAAUGAAUCACUGCAAAAUGUACACAUAUUUUAUCAAAAGUGACACUUUAUAAAAAACUGAAAAAAUGACUGGUAAGAUGGUUGUAAAUGUGAGAUGCCGUACCAUCAAUAUUUGCAUUGAUGUGGCAUCAUGUAGGUGCCUUGCUGAAAUAUGACAUGUGAAUGCAAUGUCUGUGUUUAAAAUGUGACUGUAAGUCGCAAGUAUUUGGGUGCAAUUGAAGAGGGAUUCAUUUACGAAAUUCAGAAAAGUGCAAAUAAAGCUUCAGCAGAUUAUGUAAGGCAAGAUUACAGCCGUUAAACUGAUUUAUUGUAAGAAACCUAGUAUGAGUUUCACAGUUUAGGCUUUUUGUUAGUUGGAAGAAAUGGAUAUUACUACAUCCUGCUGUUAAAAUUUUACAGAAAGAACAAACUAAAGGAAAUGCUGUUGUCAGAAUUCUUAAAGAGGCUUAAUUUUCCUGGUGCAAAACAAAGCAGUGAGUAUGUAGGAACUAAAGAAGACAAUCCUGGUAUUAUCCUGGAAGAAAAUGUUACCAAGUGGACUCAUCUGACUAGUAUUGAGGACUUACAGGAGUGUCUGAAGGUGUUUAUAGAAUGUGUCUGUGUCUCCAACUUCCCAGCACGAUUUUCUCCGCAGUAUUGGCUGGCACACUCAUCACUUACAGCCAUCUACAGUGUCAUGUGUGGCUACAUAAACAACCAUCCUGACAUAGAAAUACGGAAGACUACAGAUGCCAUGUUGUUUGACUUGUGGAUUCAGCUGAUGACUGCAGGCCCUGGGUCCACUCACCUUGACCUGGUCAACAUCAUCCUGAAAAAUGACACCUUCACCCUCUGGAAGUACAUGCAGACUUUGAGCGGAGAUGAUCUUGUUCUGCUGGUGACAUCAUUAAAGAGGGACUUUGUUUACUCUGAAAACAUAUCAGCAGAUCAUUAUGCCACUUUAAUGGAGACUCACAUUGACAAGGUCUUCAAAACCAUCCUGACAGGCCGGCAGGUGGAAGAGGCACGACGUGGGUUGCUGGACUUGCACAUGUUCUACCUGAGUAGGAUGAACCACGUACCCCACAUUGGCCCCCGUCUGUCCCAUCUUUGCUUCCUGAUAUUCAGCAGAUAUGAUGAUGAAAAUCCGUUCAUGGGCCAGGAUGACUGGGUUUUGUUGAGACACCACCUCAAGGGAGUCAAGGAUGUCAUUGUUGAUCCCUCUUUUCGAGUUGCCAGCGAGGCCCAGUACAGGGCACCAAAAACUCUUGAGAAAAUAUUACUGGCUGCAGUACAUGAUGGAAUGCUAGAACUGAUGUUUAAAGAUUUCAUGAUUCUUCUACAAACAAUAUGUAACCAUAGCAACAGCAGGUGUUGCAAGCGUCUGUUCCUUGUCUACAGAGAGUCACUGUUUGACAAGAUUGAUUUCAAGAAAGGAUUUGAGGCAACUCCCUACUGGCUAUUUGAUCAGUGCAUGCAGACACUGCAUGUCAUCUGCAAGACAAUUUCCAUGGAAACUCAUAUUGAUGAAAUUAUCAUUCAUGUCCAGAAAAUCUGCCUUAUGAACUUCACACAGUUAAAGCCUCAGCAGAUAAAAGAGUGGCACAGUCUGAUGAUGAACUACAUCGUGUCAGGACGUGUAUUGUUGGUGAGGGAGGCAACGGUGCUGUUGUUCUCACAGGUCCUUAAGGAGAACCAGGCUUUUGUUUGGAAGGAGCACAUUGACCAAGGCAGGAUGCUGGUUGACAUUAUUGCCGACCUUCCAAGUGAGUUUCUGGAACGUUCUGAAGAUGGCACUACUUGGCACACUGCUCAGGCUUAUGCAGAGUUCAUAACAUCGUUUCUGGAACAGAUCAGAUCACAGGGUCUAGAGGGACGUUUGAAGGAGAAUGUACAAAUGUGUCUGCUAAAAUGUCUGGAGAAGAAUGUCCCACACAAGGCUGUCAUUGCUCAAGCAUGCUUGAUGUCCAAAAUACCAAAUAUAAAGGAUAACUUUAUCAAGGACGUGCUCUUCUGUGUUGACAACGUAUUGAAGGAUCCAAAGUGCCCUAUUGGACACUCUACACUGACAAAUGUGCUGGAGAUUCUUCUGUCAGAAUGUUUGGACCAUUUCAGGUCCAAAGGGUAUUUCACAGUAGAUGCUAACUCGUUGUUAGCUUCUAUUACACUGUCAUGCGUGUCAGCUGAUUUAACAAAAGAUGGUGAAGAGGACCUCAGGCCUGCCAGUGAACUUGCAAUGCCUAAUGGAGACAUGUUCAACACACUUUACAAGAAAAUUGUCGUAGCUUUUGUCGCGAUGCAUAGAGAAAAACAUACACUGCACAGCAUUUCAAAUAUUGUACAGGAAGUGAUAUACGCCAUUCAAAACAGUAUUCAGCGUAGCGGCUCUGGUCACUUGAGAUGUGUGCAUUUUUUGUCUGAUCUCGGUGUGAUGUGCAUCUCCAUGAUAACCAGCCAUGUGACGUCAUUGCUGGAAUUAUUUCUUAAGUGGGGAUGUUAUUCCAUUGAUGAUUUAUUGAUGCUGUUAGCUCAUCAUGACGUUGGCGCUUUCCUUAACGAAUUCCAAGAUCUAUUUGACGGUGUCGAGAACUUGGAUCGGGACGUCAAGCACAGGGGCAUGCGUAUUUUAAAAUAUCUUUCUCAACUCCAUCCGAAGAUUUUUGACAUGGUGCACAUUCGUCAACUAUUCGACCGUUAUGACGAAGAGUCUGAACAGACGCAGGAAAUUUCGCUCGAGAUCUUGAUAAACAUUGCUAGCUGUCAACCCAAGUCGCUCGUUCCAUUUUUCCACAUCUUAACAGACGAUAGCAAAUUCCAAGCUGGAUCGUUGCCAGGAAGAAUUCGAAUUUUUGAAAAAUUGCAAGGUCUUACAGAUGAAUAUCCUCAACCGUUAACGGACUACGUCAUGAGGUUUCUUGACUGCAAGAAUCCAGAAGUAACCAAUGCGGCAAAGGAAUUCCUGGGUCCAUUAUUUCACGAACAUCCGAAAUUUUUAGUGAAACACAGAGUUCGGUUGAAGUCGUUGUGGAAAUCAACUUCGAAUCAUGGUGUUAAGGAAUUUUGUGUGAAAGUACUGCCGGAAAUUCAGACAAUGCAAAGACUCGAUCAAUCAAAAAAUAAAACAACCGUUGAAACAGUUAAGACCAGUGGUCCAAGAAAAGAAUCAGUUAUUCCAGCAAUAAAACGGGUCGGCCAGGAAUCUGCUCAGAGUAGUCGGUCCAAAUCUGACAUGCGUACGGAUAAAACAAACGUCAACAAAGUGGCAAUAAAUGGUCAAGUUGCUAAAGAAAUACAUCGUCCCGUUGAUGACAAAAAAGAUUUCGGUGCACAAAUCUUGAAAGAUUCGGGUUAUAUGCCUAGAAUGGAUGCCAAUCAAAUACAUCCUACAGAAGUUCAAAUAUUGGUUUCAAGUGAAAAACGGAAAACGUUUAUGAACUUAAAUGACGACGGUGCAAUCGUUAGCGACCAAAUUAAUGUGGAUGAUACAGUGGUCGAAAAGGAAAAAACAAAUAUCAACACAGUUUCAAUAAAUGAAAAUAUUACUAAAAAAAAAUACCCUUCCGAGUUAGAUAACAAAAAUGAUAUGGAAGCACAUAUCUCGAAAGAUUUUGUUGAUAUGCAAGGAAAGGAUGUCAGUCAAAUACAAUCUACAGAAGUUGAAAUAAAGGAUGCAUGGGAAAAACGCACAACGCUUAUUAAUUUAAAGGACGACGAUACAAUCGGUCGAAACCAUAUUAAAGUGCACGAUGCAAUGGUUGAAUUAAAUGAGAGUGAAUCAGUAAGCAAAGCUAUUCAGAAGGCCAUUGUUUUUGAAAAUAUCAAUUUUGCAAAAGAUAUUGCCGCACAAAACCAUACCGUGAAUGUCAUGGGAACUACGAAAAGUGGAGCACUUCCUGUAUCUCCGGAUUUCAAACACGUGAGCCCUAACGCCAUUUCAAAAUACACAUACAUUCAGCCAUUGGCAAUAAGCGGUGGUGAUACCCCAAUGCCAAUCACAAAAGCUGAUGAAAACAGGAUCAGACCAGCUUCCGAUUUGAUAUUAAUUUCUGACAAAUGCAGUUUUAACAAUAUGCAAGAACUAUCAACAACUCUCGCCGAUGUUGGUUAUGUUAACUCAGUUCUCGACUUUGACCAGGAAAUUCCUCAAACAACUAAAAUGAUUAUUUAUUGCAUGCCAGAUAACGACCGCGAUUUCACAGAUAGCAUGAAGAUCACUGAACUAUUGCAAGGAAAUACACCAAAGAUAUGCGUUUUACUUCACAAGGUGGCGCUGUCGAAUGGUUCGACACUCCUUAAAGGUCUUCAAGCGGUUUUAGACGACAAGGAUUAUAUAAGAAUGUAUGCAAAAAGCCACGAAGCGGUUAUCGAAGCGACAAAGUAUCCCCGUUAUAAGUUCACAGCACUUCUUAUGCGUUUAAACUACAAUGGCUUAAUCACCAGAAACACAUCAUCGGUCACGAGUAUCAAAACGGUGAAUGAAGGAAGCCUGACACGUGGAACAGAUUCCCAUACGUGCGACGUGUACCUGUCUUAUCACUGGUGCAAACAGGCCCAGGCAGAAUCGCUGUACAGAACUGUCUCGUCUUUGGGAUUUCGAUGCUGGCUGGCGAGUCAACGCAUGGAAAGUAGUGUUUCUUUGUACAACAAGAUUUCACAAGGAAUUCAGGAGUCCAGGGUGGUUGUAGCGUGUAUCACUAGUAAUUAUCACAAUGGCGUCGAAUGUCGACGAGAUAUUGCCAUCGCAAAGUCUCUCGGGCGCCCAAUUGUGCCGUUAAUAUUGGAGAAGACUGCAUGGCCCGUGAAAGGCGACAUUGGAAAAACACUGUCAAUGUACCAGUCUAUUUCACUAGAGCUGAGUUCCACUGGAGCGGCCAUACAAGAAUUGCGGAAGGUUUUGAGCAGAUACGCUAAACACAGAAUCGAAGACGGAUCUGAUCCUAUUCAAACGCGAGACAACGACAAUGUAAAUUACGAAAUUAUAGACGCCAAUGAGAAUGGUGAACUCCCUUUGUACAAAAAACCUAAUAAUCUCCAUAAGAGCGUGUCAAUGUUUGAUGUUGGCGGAGACAUUGGCACCGAAGAUUUUGCACAGAAUGACUCAUCGGUAGACAAAUGCUUGCCUCGGUCCCGGUCCAGUUUGCCUAUUGGUGUUGUCGUUGACGAAGAUGGGAUUACCACCAAGACAGCGCGCUCAAAGUCGUGUAAUAUAUUGUAAUGAAAGUAAUUGCAUGGCAAUGAUACCUUGUGUGUAUAUUUAUUACGUAUCUAUAACAUGAAAUUAUUGUUUAACCAUGUAUUCAUUCGAUUUUUUACUCGUUUACAAACUUUCUCAAAACGAACUCGCCGCUUGUUGACCUCGUGCCUGUUGCAGUAGAAUAUUUCUGUGAAUUGAAAACCCAUUCCUGUUAACGCAUGUUUACGAAUAGUAUUUGUUGAUGUACAUGUAAAAAUGUCUCACAAAUAUUCAAUUCUUACUGUUCUCGAAUAAGUAUGAUUAUCUCACAUAUCCCGGUUAAAUAUGUAUAAAUAUUCGUAUUGUUUUCUUUUAAAGUAUAUGUUGAAAAAGACUGAAAACUUUUUCGUACGUAGCACAUUUUGCACACUUCCUUGUGUAUUUUAUAUCACCUUAUCACCCUAAGUGGUGUUGUUUGUUAAAAGAUACUAAACAUUAUGCAGUCAUAAAAUGUAUGAUUAUGUUUUAUAUAUUAUGUUUACGAGAUAAAUAUAGGUUAGUUAUAUUUUUAUUUUAGUUAAGGAUUUUUCCAAGAUGUGUCUUAAUGUAGUGAAAACAUAUAGUAUUGUUUUCAAACGGUGCUCGACAAACAAAUUUGCAUUAUCACAUGAAAAACAAGAAGGAGAAAAACGUGACGUGUCGCAUUUAUAUUGCAUUAUGUUAGCCGCGUCGUUGUAAAAUGGGUUUAAUGCCAUAUGCGACAAGCGUUACUCCCUGAGGUACCCUGUCCGCCUUACUCAAAGUCGCCCAAGGCUUCGUGGUCUUAUUGCCGGACAUAAUGACUCAUCACCUGAGUACCGGUAUACGGAUUCUGGUGCAUAUCUAGAGUAACAUUGUUCGGAUAGGUUAUAUGGCCCAUUUUUGCGCGACGCGGCAUGUUUCUAGUUGUUAUUGUUGAUAUUUAAGUUUUAUUUUUUAAGAUUUUAUACUUUCAACAUGAUUAUUUUACCAUCGUGAUAACAUGUUAAUUUUACAUAUUUGGCAAAAUAACAUAUUUUUGUUAAUAAACGCACUUAAAUUUUUAA